AUGGCUACACAACAGAAAAUACCAAGGACAAAAAAUAAAAAUAAACAACAUAUUGAGCACGCGAUUAACAUUAAUGACGAAUCAGUUAUCGUCGAGCUCGUCGUCACUGGUUGCCUCCGUGUGCUUGCAGUUGUAGAGGAAACUGAUGAUCUUCAUUUAACUAGAACCCUUACGGUUGGAAAGCCGGUGGUUGUCAACACAAGGCUUCUGAAAAACAUGGUCUUAAAAGAUUUCUUUGAAAUAGUUGCUGCUGCUGAGGUAUUCCGCGUUAACUUGGCCGAAACUUGUGGUGAAAAGUUGAAUUGA